GCUGAGCUAUGGAGGCCGCCGAUCUGCGCUGGUGCUGUGGUAGCAGCAGCAACGACUGGGACCUACACGCCGUGGUGCGCUUCGCCAGCUGCAGUGGUGGUGGCAGCCGCGUCACUACUAGCUCGCCGCUGCGGGCCUCGGACGAACCAUUCUCAUCCUGCCUGCUGCCGCCGCCGCAGUCACAGACGAAGGACGAGGUGACGGACGCCGCGGCGCCGCAGCAGCUCCCGACCGGCCCUGCCGUCGGCGUCGACGACUUGUGCCUGCAGCAGGCCUUCCUCGGCCUCGCCACGCCGCAGCCAAGAAACAACGAAGCGCCGCCGCCGGCCAAACGACCACGAACUCCCUACCGCAGUAAUAACGGCGUUGGCGGACCGACACGUUCGAAGAGAAAAAAGAAGAAGAGCCAGACGAGCAAGAAGGAGGUGGCGCGGGUGCCCGUGGGCGCGUCUCCGGACCCCUGGGCGUGGCGCAAGUACGGGCAGAAGCCGAUCAAGGGGUCGCCGUACCCGCGCGGAUACUACCGGUGCAGCACCGACAAGGACUGCAGGGCGCGGAAGCAGGUGGAGCGCUGCCGCACCGACCCCUCCACCCUCAUCGUCGGCUACACCGGCGAGCACAGCCACCCCGUCCCGCUCCAUCGCAACGCCCUCGCUGGCACCACGCGCAACAAGCCGCAGCCAGCACCGCCGUCCACCUCCUCCCCGGCCGAGCAGCCUGAUCCAGCUGCAUCGCCGAUCGAUGACACUACUACUCCGCUGCUUUGUCCGUCCGUGCUGGGAGUGGAGUGCGAGGAGGAGGAGGAGAACACUGUCGCCGCCGGUCUGCUGCUCGAGGAUGCGGAGAUGGAGGGAUAUGAAGACGUGCUGUUGUUCCUCAAGCCCGCUCCGAGUCCCAGCAACGGCAGUGGCUCCAAGGACGUCAUGCUAUUUCCGGAUCCCCAUAGGCCUGCUCCGGGUGCGGACAAUACCGGAGGCUCGGAGAAAGUCGUGCCACUCUCGAACCUCCAGUCCACGAGCUACCACUUCCAGUAACGACGAGCAGCAGCAGAUCGAACGGGCGAUGGCUCCGGCGGCCAUGAACGUCAGAGACGAGCGGUGACCUUUCUC